CUUUGAAAAUAGAACGUCGGUAGCAAAAUUGAAAAGAAAAAAAAAGUUUCCCGCCGAGUGAGCAGUUGAGGGAAAUCAAAAGAAAAAGAGAAUGGGAAAGAAGAGAAAUGCAAGCACAAUGGACGACGUUGAUCGGUUGUUCGAAUGCUUCAGAUGUGGCAUCUCUCCUCCUCAAUCUGCUGUAAGGGAAAGAAAAAGAUGUAAAAGCAAGCUGAAUCGAGAAAAUUCUACAAGAAAGAUCUCCGUGUCACCUUGUUCGCCUUCCCUAUCAGAACAAAGAAAGGAAACUGCAACCAGUGCACAACUCUCUGUCGAAAAGUCUGCUUCAACAACAGUUAAGCCUGGAAAAUUUAGCCGUGGGAAACAGUUCUCACCAGUUAUAUUUUAUGGGUCUCCACAUGGCAUUCCUCCAAAAAGACCAUUGAGUUUGCUGCGCUUGUUACGUGAAAUUCACAUUGAUCUUAGUGAACAAGAUAAAUCAAAUUUAAGAACAGCGGUAUGGGCUACAUUUCCAAGACAGGAUGAAGCAGUAAAGUUUGCUAAAGGACAUGCAAAUGCACAUGUUUUUAGUUAUCAAGAUCACUAUAGUGGGCAGAGAAGAUAUCUUGCUUCUACGUAUGAGGAGUUUUGGAAGAGGUACAAACUUAUGGAAUCAAACCUUCGCCAUCACUAUGAAGUGAUUCAGGAGGGUUUCCCAUGUCACUUGUACUUUGAUUUGGAGUUCAAUAAGAGAGACAAUUUGGGAAGGGAUGGAGAUGAAAUGGUUGAUCUCUUGAUUAUUGUCAUUCUAGAGGCCUUGCUGCAAAAAUACUCUAUCAACGGAAAUCAGGAUUGGGUGGUGGAGCUUGAUUCCUCUACUGAAGAGAAGUUUUCUCGCCAUUUGAUAAUGCAGAUACCAAAUAUGGCUUUCAAGGACAACUCGCAUGUGGGUGCAUUUGUUGCAGAGAUAUGCUCACGCAUAGCAAGUGCAAAGGGGAAGGAUGAAAGGUUUGAAAAGUUAUAUGUGAAAAAAGAUUCAACCUCUGCCGAAUCUCCUGGUCAACUUUUUGUGGACACUGCUGUCUAUUCUAGAAAUCGUUGCUUUCGCCUGGCUUUAUCAUCUAAGGCAGGAAAGAAUUCCUUCCUCUUACCUACCAAGCGUUUCAAAUGUAGGGACAUGGGUGAGGAGGACAUGUUCAUGGCAUCCUUGAUUUGCAAAAUGGACAUUGAUUGUGAGAAGCUUUUGGUCUGCAAAAUGGAAUUAGAUUGUGUGAAGACACUGCACUUCGAGACAGAGGUAACUAGUACUUUGGAAGUAUCACAAAGCUCAAGAAAAAUUGGCAUAGUGAUGUUUCUUCAACAUACCAAACAGGAAAAGUCGCCCUUCCCUUGUUUGGAUGAAUUUAUAAUCUCAAUGCCUCCACCAGCAAUAUACCAGGUAGCAAUUGAAUCAAGCAUGUUCCAGUACCCUCAAGAAAAAUUGGCAUCAGUGAGUGUUUCUUCAACAUACCAAACAGGAAAGUCGCCCUUCCCUUGUUUGGAUGAAUUUAUAAUCUCAAUUGCCUCCACCAGCAAUAUACCAGGGAAAAUACGCUGUUGGUAUUGGUUCUCUGAUGGAUUGGUUGUCUAUAGCAUGUCAAGAAAUCGAUACUGUGAAAUUGGUAGAGAGCAUAAAAGCAAUCACGGGAAUCUUAUUAUCAGAAGUGUUAUGAUCCAGAUUGCAAAGGUUACCAUCUCCUCUGCGUCCAAUCCCGACGGAUUGCAUCCCUGA